AUGGAAGCUAUAGCAGCAGUUCAUCAUGAACUUGAUGAUGAUGUCUUCUUUGCAGACUUAAGCAAACAAAUCUCUUUACUCAUCAUGGAUGAUGAUGAUGAUGACUUGGUUUCUCAUUCUUCUUCAGUUUCUCUUCAGGGAUUCUCUCAAUCAAACCAUUAUCCUUCAACACAACAAUCACUUCCAUUUGUUUAUGAUCAGCAAGCUUGCAGAAGGGAAAGCAAAGGGACAGGAGUUUUUAUUCCAACUUCAUUGAUUUCACAACCUAGAAGAAAGAACAAGAAUUCAGGGAAGAAUAACAACAGCAGUUUUUCCAACUCAAAAUUGGCCAAGAAUCAGAAUCAAGAAAAAUCAUCAAGAGGGAUGAUUCUUCCUCAUCAGCAUCAUCAUCAUCAUCAUGUCUCCUACAAUCAUCACAAGCCAUCUAACUAUGAUUCAUUUAAGCUUCCAAAGGAACUUUACUAGUUUAAUCAAUUAGUGACACUAUUAUAUUAUUACUACUAUUCUUUAUUUGUGUGAGCUCUAGAAAGUCUUAUGUAGAUAACCAAAUUGAAUAAGCUCUCAACCAAUUACAAUUCAAGAGCUCAAGAAAAAUCAUAGGAGAGCAAAAUUGUAGCCUCAACAAAGGAAAUGAAGUUGAGUGCUACAAUCUCAUGUGUUAGGGAGAGAACGUCAUUUAAUUUGAUUCAUUGUCUAUUAGGAGAGAGUUGUGUUCAUUUGUUGUUUUUAGCUUCAGGGAGAAUGGUCAACCCUAAAAGGUUGGGGACCUCAUCCCUAAUUUAGAGUGGAGAUUAAUUUGUUGUGAUGUUUUUAUCAAAAGUUUGACAUUUCAAUGUCAAAAAGAAUAGUGAUUCUUUCAUUCUAACGAAAUUGUUCUGUGUUAUACGAAUCUAAAAAUUUCACCUCUAAUUACAAAAUACAGAUAUCUCGAUCGACCUCAGUAUCAUGAACGAAGAAAAGC